AUGGAUUUUCUGAACCACAACUACUUGAGCGCGCGCGCCUCCUACGAUUACACCUUUAAUUUCUGGAAUGACUAUCUCGGCCUGUCCACGCUGGUGACCAAGAACAGCAAGCACAGCGUCCCGCAGAAUCCCAACUCCAUCACGGAGUCGCUGAAAGCCACCCUGGGCUUGGACGACAGCCCUCCGUGCCCGUGCGUAAUGGGCGAAGGCGACAGCGGAGGACACCUGGAUUCCUGCUGCUGCCCCCCGCCCGCCUCCAUCUCCAUCCUGGACCUGAAGGAGCGCUUCUCCAUCCUGAGCCCCUUCCAGAACCAGAACCAAGGCUCGCUGCUGUCCUCCUCCCAGGAGAGGGAGAUUGGCAUAGGAGGGGGAUUUGCAGGAUUUGACCUGUUCGGCGUGGAGAGGAAGAUGAGGAAACCUGCCGCGCGCAAUAAGCAGGAGCCCAAGAUCUGCGUCUUCUGUCGGAAUAACGGCGCUCCGGAGGAGGUGUACGGCUCGCACGUGCUGAAAACCCCGGACGGGAGGGUCGUGUGCCCGAUCCUGCGGGCGUACACAUGCCCCCUGUGCAGUGCCAACGGGGACAACGCGCACACAAUAAAAUACUGCCCUCUCUCCAAAGACCAGCCUGCCCAGAGAGUGCUGAAGGGAGGCAGAGCUGUGGGCGGUAAGCGAGUGAAAAUCUUCUAAAACAAAAAGGAAACGAACGACACGAGACUCCUAUAGACUUCACAUGUAUUGCACUGAACAUUUUCUUUCAGAUGACUGUUCUGAUUGACUGGCUUUCCCGAGUCUUAACUACUAGGCAAAACAAAUAAGAUGAUAUCAAUGUUUUUGUUAAACGAAACACACAAAAAAAAAUCUCUUAUAUUUUUAUAGAUACUUUAUUUCCAUAGUUUAUCGCAUACUUUAUUCAUAAAAAAGCUAUUUUUGUUUCCUUUUCACGCAUAGGUUUUUAGAUGUUUAUUCACGAGUCACGGUUUAUGUGUGCGCGCGCGCGCGCGUCAGAGAGAUGAGAUGUUAUUUUUGUCGAAAAUGGGAAACGUGAAUGUUGGCACCAGAGGAAUAUUUGCUCUUCUGUUCAGCUCGAGUAUUUUACUUCACUGUAAGCAAAGCUUGCACCUCGUUUUUUUGUCUUUAAACCAAAGUUUAUUUUUUUGCCAUUAAGCGAUUUUGAAGAAUGUUCCACAUGUCUUCGUUUAUGAACUUUAAUCCCAUUCCCCUGAAAGUCCACUCCGCGGCUUCCCGACGUCUGCGAGCAGAGCAACACAAUAGAGGCUCUGUUGCGCGUUCGUGUUGUCAGCAUAACUUCAUAAUCGGACUAAUUAUUUCAAAACCCACUGACAGAGACGGGCAUUUUACAUUACAAGGUUCUUGUUUGACGCAUACCGAAUAUUUUGGGAUUUCCAGCAGCUCCAGAAAGCGUGUAAGAUGAGCGCUGUAAUGUAAAGUGCGUCCGCAGGCUAUUCUUCUGCAUGAGGUGCCCUUUCAAUGUUUACACCCCUGCUAAGGGGAACACACACUGGAGACAAAACAAAAGUCCUAUGGGUGCCUCUCUUCAGCUCGAUACAAAGUUCACCUUUCUCCAAAACAUCACAAGAGAGAGGUUUACAAGAAACAGCUCUUCAAGGGUCCACGGUGGAAUAUAGCACGUAUGAAUGUUCUUAAUAAAAAGCUUUUUUUGUAAAAACAAUGUAUUUGCCCCCUUUUUGCAUUAUGUACAAUAAUAAACCCCAAAAUACACGACUUUAAAAAAAAGGAUGCAAACAUAUUGUGAAUGUACAAUUUGACUCUUGCAGGACUGCACAUUUCUGACAGUUAUGUUUACCAAAGUAAGUCGAUUUGAAUGAAGUAAGGAACAUAGAUUUGCUGUAUUGUAAAUAACGACAUAAACAAAUGAGAAUUAAGUGAUGUCUAUUCAGUAUUUUGCCGUUUAAAAGUGACUUCAGAGGGAACUACCUCACCAAGACUUUUGUACUUACAUGUAAAAUGUGGACAGCGGUUUAUUAAUAUAGUGUACCAUUUAUAACAAGGGUUUAUAAUAGUAUUUUUGAUCUUUGUAUAACAUAAUUGUAUUUUUUUUUCUUCAGUGCAUUCUGCGGAGGAAAGUGAAAUCCCAAUAAGCUCCAAGCAUUGUUUGCUAAUAGGUGACAGCUGUAUAUAAUAUUAAUAAAUAAUGAUGAUGAUGAUAUGCAUUUUAAGUUGUUGUUCAAUGUGACAUUCUUGGUUUGUGAGAAAGACUAAGAAUCAAAUGUUGAAGACAUGGGCCAGUUUGCCACUUUUAACUGCGGUUUGUAAUUAAAUUGAAAGAGUAAAAAAAAAAAAAACACACACUGUUGAAUUUUUUUAUUUAUAUUUUGUCACAAUUUCCCUGUAUGCUGCUGUGCAGAAAAUAAAGAGAUGAAUUCACUAGAGAAAUAAACAGCUUA